CGGAGCGGAAGAGGCGGGAUGUGAGCCAAAAUGAGGGAAAAUAAGAACAUGUCCGAGUCCCCUUCUCAAGCGGGAAAAGAAAUACCGGCGAAAAAACAGAAACUGAGCAGUGACGAGAACAGCAACCCCGAUCUAUCCGGGGACGAGAAUGAUGACGCUGCCAGUGUCGAGAGCGGGACCAACGCAGAGCGCCCCGACACGCCCACGAACACCGCCAAUGCCCCGGGCAGGAAGAGCUCGGGCAAGGGCAAGUGGAGGUCCAAGAAGUGCCGAUACUCUUUUAAAUGUGUCAACAGUCUGAGGGAGGACCACGGCCAGCCGCUGUUCGGAGUCCAGUUUAACUGGCACAGCAAAGAGGGAGACCCCCUGGUGUUCGCCACAGUCGGGAGUAACAGGGUAACUUUGUAUGAAUGUCACUCUCAGGGAGAAAUCAGACUCCUGCAGUCCUACGUUGAUGCCGAUGCAGAGGAGAACUUCUACACGUGUGCGUGGACCUACGACACCAGCACGAGUCACCCGCUGCUGGCUGUGGCCGGGUCCCGUGGUAUCAUUCGGGUGAUCAACCACAUCUCGAUGCAGUGCAUCAAGCAUUAUGUCGGUCAUGGAAAUGCCAUCAAUGAGCUCAAGUUUCAUCCGAGGGAUCCAAAUCUCCUCCUGUCUGUCAGCAAAGAUCAUGCCCUCCGUCUAUGGAACAUACAGACAGACACAUUAGUGGCGAUAUUCGGCGGUGUCGAGGGUCAUCGAGAUGAAGUCCUCAGUGCGGAUUUUGAUCUCCUCGGUGAAAAGAUUAUGUCAUGUGGGAUGGAUCACUCCCUCAAACUUUGGCGGAUCAAUUCAGAGAGAAUGCAGAAAGCCAUCCGUGGCUCUUAUGAAUACAACCCCUCGAAGACCAACAGGCCUUUCGUCUCACAGAAAAUUCACUUCCCUGACUUUUCAACACGAGACAUCCAUAGAAACUACGUGGACUGUGUGCGGUGGCUGGGCGACCUUAUUCUUUCCAAGUCCUGUGAAAAUGCUAUUGUGUGCUGGAAACCGGGAAAGAUGGAGGACGACAUCGAUCACAUUAAGCCAAAUGAGUCAAAUGUGACGAUUCUGGGACGCUUUGAUUACAGCCAGUGUGACAUUUGGUACAUGCGCUUCUCCAUGGACUUCUGGCAGAAGAUGCUGGCUUUGGGAAACCAGGUGGGGAAGCUUUAUGUGUGGGACCUUGAAGGGGAGGAUCCACAUAAAGCAAAGUGCACCACGCUGACGCUCCCCAAAUGCAUGUCGGCCAUCCGACAGACCAGCUUCAGCCGCGACAGCAGCGUUCUGAUCGCGGUGUGCGACGACGCUUCCAUCUGGCGCUGGGAUCGACAGCGCUGAGACGUCCGGACUGACAGAAGGAGGGGAAAAAAGUGGUCUCUGUUGCUUUUAACUGUCCCUACAUGUUUCCCCAUUGUACAGAUAUACUCUGCAAAAAACAGAAAGUGUUAUGUUUGAACAUUCUUGUGUGAGGGGGAGAAAGGAAGUGAGAAGCUGCGGAAGUGAGAUGAGCUUUUGCUUCUCCAGCUAAGAAGUCUGUGUAUUUCCUGUUUUUUAAAUUUUUUUUUAGGGGAAAUAAAACCAGAUUUCUUAGAAGUUUAAAGGACCAGGUUUGACAUCCGAACAAGGAAUUAAACAUCAGUGAUGAUCCGAGAUUUAUCCCGAAAGAUGAACAGUAUUGAACUACAAAAAAAGAAUUGAAUUUUGUUCCUUAUCAUGAAAAGUUUCCAGUCCCACUCGUAAGUUAAUCAAUUGAUAUCUCAGAUGUUUUUGUCACCUGUUGUCGGGCGGAAAAAGCUUUUAUGAUGCAAAAGAAAUGAUUUUUUUCUCGUCUUUUGCAGUGUGCUAAAUCGCAUUAGUACACUUUUUUUGUGCUUCUACAAUUUCCUGUAUUUCUUUGCAUCUUUUUUUAACGACGCCUCAAGACAAACACAUGCAUCAUUCAGUGUGUUUAAUGACAUUUGAGGCUUUAUGAAGUGCAGUCAAUAAAGAUAUUUUUUUUGUAAAUAUACCCUCGAGUCAAUCUGUGGAGUUUAGAGUAUUGGACAAAUGGAAAUGUUCCACUUAAGUUCGGCCAAAGGUGAAAUUAGAUUGUAACUUCCGCAUGUGAGAGGGCGGUCAAACCAUUUUUAUUUUUUUUUACAGUUACAAGCUGUCUUUUAUUUUGGAAAGUUUGACUUUAUCCCUCUACAAUAAAAGGCAUUUUUGCCUUUGUGGAGAUCUUGUACUUGAAUUUAUCUGGACUCAAAUAAAAAACUUAUUUUUUCUACA